UAGUGCUUAGUUAUUUAAUUUUUUUUUUAUUAUUUGGCUUUUCAAUUUAAAGUAUUACAUCCUAUAUUUGUACGUACAUACUGAUCAUUGGCAUAUUAAAGAUUAUUUAAAUAAGAUAUGACUAAUGUAUUGAUUAUGUGAAGUUGUGAUGUUUGUCACCUUCGUCAAAAAAGUAAAAUUAAGGAUAUCCCAUACAUAAUAAUAAUAUAAUAAUAAUAAUAACAACAACAAUAAUAAUAAUUAUAUAUGUAAAUGAUGUAUGCCCCUGACGAUACAUGGCUGCGUCGCAUGCGGGAGUCCGAGGGAGCGAGCAUCAUUCUUUUCUUUCAUCAAUUUUUUCAACCUAAGCCGCCACACCAGUCCAUCACCCAUCCACGACCUGCUCUUACGUUCUUCAUCAUCGGCCAGCCUUCAUCCUGACGAGCUUUUCAUUCGAAACAAAAGAAAAGAAUGUCUACUCCUGCAUCAAUUGAUGAAUCAUCUGCUAAUGUUAGUCCCAUUGGAAGUGUGGGAAAUUUCGAUAAUGCUGUUAAUGAGGCUAACAAUGUUGAAGUUAAUGAAUCUCCCAUCAGUGUUAAAGAUGAUGAAGUAGAAGAAAAUCCAUUUGCAGCCAAACAAAGAAAGAAGACCUCCAAAGUUUGGGAUGAAUUCAAGGAAAUUACUCUCUCAGAUGCAACAAAAAAGGCAGAGUGUAUUCAUUGUAGGCAUCAACUUGGCCUGUUGAAGUCUGGAGCAACAACUCAGUUUAUUCGCCAUUUGAAGGUGUGUGUGAGACGACAAUUAGCAUUGAAGGGACAAAGGCAGCUGACUAUCUCAACAAAUUUGGCAAAAUCUAAAAGUGUGAAUGCAAUUCAAACCUGGAAGUAUGACCAAGCAAAGGUGCGGCAAGUUUAUGCUCAUAUGGUUUUAGUGCAUGAUUUAACAUUUUCAUUUGCUGAGGAUGAAGUUUUUAAUCAUUUUAUGAGAACUGUGAGCCCUAACUGGGAAAGAAUAAGUAGAGGCCUUUCAAAAAAAGAUUGUAUAUCUGCUUAUGACAUUGAGAAAAAAAAAGAGUAACUUCAUUGUUGAAAGAAGUUGAUCGAGUUAGUAUCACUACUGAUUUAUGGGCAUCUACGGUG